AUGCUGAAGAAUUUAGGAUCUUUCUUUUGCUGCAAAAGAUCACGAGGCAAGUCUGAAGUUCAGCCUCCAACAAAGAAAAUCAAAACCCUUUCGGAGUGCCCAAUAUGCCAUGAAAGUAUUGUUUCAGCUUCACUUACAUCUUGUGGUCAUACUUUUUGCGAGUUUUGCAUCCUAAAUCAUCUCUUGUACAAAUCUGUAAUUUUUACUUGCAUAAUAAUAAAAUGGCUGCUUACGGAAGUUAUUGUCUUAGAUAAUCUUUCCUCCUUCGUGAAAUUUUAUUAUAAUAGGGCUUAGUUUCCACGUGAAUCUUUAUCCAAAAUGCCAAUAUGAAAUUGCCGCAUAGGGUAAUUCAUUGGCCCACGAAAUAAGGAGACAUAUUGUUUCACUUCCUGAACACAGAGUAGGAUAACCCUUAGGCAAAACACACGCUGGAGUCAGGUUUGGGCAAGGCCAAGUGCGACCUGUGAAGACCUUUUAGCGCUUUUACCAUCUUGCCGAAUUCUUAAUAGACAAGAUAGUUACUGAUCAUACCACUUGAGAGUUUAAAGUGUGGAUUUCUCAUCUUGCUGAAGAUGGAAGCACGCUAAAAUCUAAAUAACUAGUAGAUAAUUUUUACUUACUCCUCCUUUCAAAAAAUAUUUUUCAGAAAAUAGAAAAAUUUUUAUAAAAGAAUUAUCAUAAAAACAAAUAUUAUUUUACAAGUAAAAACUAGGAUUGCCCUGUGUGUAGAAAAGAAAUCACUAAAAGCUCACUUUACCCAUGCUUCCAGUUCGACCAAGCGACAAAAGCAAAUCUGGACCCAGAAGAAUUGGAAAAUUGAUAUAAAAGAGAAAUUGAAUUAAAAAACUGGAAAAAUUUAAGCAAAUUAAAAAAAGCGAAGCCUGGAAUGAAGGUCGAUGUCUUAAAUGAAGCUGGAGAAUGAUGCUCAGGGGAAGUAAAAAUGAAAAUUGACUAUGGAGAUGAAUACCCGAUGCUUGUUAUUCAUUAUGAAGACAAAGAAGACAUUGAUGACGAAAUCAUAUCACAAAGCUCAGAUAGACUUGCUCCUGCUGGAUUUUAUACCAAAAAUGCAAAAAAAAUUAUAUAA